UUAAUCAGCUGUUGUGAAUGACGGACAAUCAGUCGGUGCCAAUUAGUGUAAUGAGCUGAGAAACCCACACCACAACCAGCAGAAACAGUAGCAGCUGCAGCAGCAAUAGAAACUCUUCCCGGAGAGUCAGUGGCCAGUCAGAGCUCCUCUGUUUCGCACAGUUUUCUGCUCUGAGUCGGUGGAAGCAUGGCGGCCAUCAAGGCGCUGGAGCAGUGGUGUAAAAUGCAGUGUGAUGGUUACAGGGAUGUUUCCAUCACCAACAUGACGACUUCAUUCAGGAACGGACUGGCGUUUUGUGCUCUUUUACACAAAUACAGACCGGAUCUCAUAGAUUAUGACUCGCUCAAAAAAGAGGAUGUGUUUGAGAACAAUAGACUGGCUUUUCAAGUUGCAGAAGAUAAGUUGGGCAUUCCAGCUUUGUUAGAUGCUGAAGACAUGGUGGCUUUAAAGAUCCCCGACAGGCUGAGCAUUCUAACCUAUGUGUCCCAGUACUACAACUACUUCAAAGGACGACCUCCAAUGGGUGGAGUGAAAAGGCCAGCAGAGGGCUCCAAAGAAGAGCCAUCAGAAAAGAAAAAUCAACCAGUGCUUGCCAAAAUCUUGGAGUCUAAAUCUGGCAUUGAGAACAGUUUACCUUCCACUGUCACUGCUCGCAAAUCACCAAAGCUGGAUAAAGCUGCUGCUCAGAGGGUGGUUUUGGCUGAUGCAAACAAGACUGGGACCCUUAACAGCAAAUGUGUCGCAUGUAGAAGCCAUGUCCAUCUGGUUCAGAGGCACUUUGUAGAAGGAAAACUCUACCACAGAAGCUGUUUCAAGUGCAGUGAGUGCUCUUGCAUACUUCAUACAGGAAGUUACAAACCUGGGAAGAAUCCAGGCACAUUAGUUUGUAACACCCAUCAGAGCAGUUCUGAAACCUACCCCUUGAAUGCAGAGGUCAAAACUGGAUUCAGUGAUUCAGCUGUGCCACUAAACUGUGCUGCAAAGACUGUUCUGGCACCGCCAACUUUAUCUUCUGUGCUAUCAGCCCCAAUUAAUGCUGCACCAAAGUCAUUAAGUCCUGCUCAACAUUCCCAGUCCUGGACAGCCUCAGCACAGAAGACCCAGGCAGCCCGGCAAAAGUUUUUCCAGGCUGUGCCAAAAGUUUCAGAAUCUUCAAUUGGAAAUGGGAAGUCUAUCGUACCCUCAGGUGAUCCAAAGGUCCCUCUGAGUUCAGGUGAUGCAAACAGAGUUAGGCAGAUGACUGGAAACAAACUAGGAGGGGAAAACUGUAACAAUAACAACAAGAACCUGUUUACUAUCAGAUCAGCAGAAAAGCGAUUUUGCAUUGACCCAGUUUCUAUAGACGUCCCUGGUUUGAGGAAGAAUAAUGGCAGCCAAGACACAGCAGGAAACUGGGAAGGACGAGCCAGUACCAGCCAAACAAACAAUGAGGAAUCACAAUGUCUGAAGACUAUCAACAAGGACAACACCAGGCCAACAGUGGUACACAAAAUGGCCAAAACUCCUAUCUACCAGGAGUGGCAAACUAAACUCAAACAUGUGAAAGCUGAGCAAGGAUUAAAAGCCUGUCAACCUGAAGCCUUCACUGACCAGCCUUCACCUUGUUGCACGCCCACGACUUCAUUUAAUGUUUCCAUUUGUGCAACAAGGCUUCCCUCGGCUCAAACAUCUGCUGUACCUGCAUUUGGCUUUGGUCCGUCUGCAUCCACGUGCUUUAAGGAAGUCAAUCCCCAGAAACCCCUGCCUAGCUGUGAAAGCCUUGGCUUAAAACAUGGUAGUUGCUCACCUGUGAAAUCCCCACUCAGACCUCCAGCUGUGGAAUCUGUUAAUUCAACGACUGCUUUAGACAUUCUCAAAAAUCCUUCAGCUGCUAAAAUGGGAAAGUAUUUGUCACCCACCGCCGCCUUCAGGACUGAAAUGAGGUCACCCUCUUGGAUGUGUCAUCAUAUUCCGGUGGAGCAGAUUGAGAAGGAGCUGGAUGAUAUUGAGAUGAACCUGGUUCAGCUGGAGAAGGAAGGCGUUGAGCUGGAAAAGCUGCUCCGCAGCUAUGAAGAAGAGGGAGAAGGGGACAUAUUGAUGGAUCCACUGAUGGUUGACUGGUUUAACCUCAUUCGCAAAAAGCAGAUGUACAUAAGGAAAGAAUCGGAGCUCGUUUAUCUAGCAAAGACUCAGGAGCUGGAGCAACAGCAGCCAGGAGUGGAAGAAGAACUUCGCAGGCUGCUGGAAAAGCCAGAUCACUUAAAGUCCAGAGAUGAGCAACACAGGGAAAAGAAUCUGCUGCAGCAACUGAUGGAAAUUGUGGAUGGCAGAAAUGCAAUUGUGGAGGUGCUUGAUGGAGACAGGCUGAGGGAAGUGGAAGAGGACAAGCAGUUGAAUAAAAUGAUGCAAGAUCUUGGAGUGAAGAAAAGCAAAAAUAAGCGGAAAUCCUCCAUCUCAAAAAUGUUCAAACGGAGAAGUAAAAGGCGAGUUGAAUGAUGCUAAAGGAAAUGUUUUAAAAAAUAACUUGCAUUAUUUUAAACCAAUGUCUAAACUGUUUAUAAAAUUGAAACAAAAGCUAAAAAAAUCAAAGAGGUUGACAAAAUGUUGUUAAAUAUUGGUAAAACUUCACAUUCAGUUCUUGUUACUCAGUGGUAUGGAUUUGUUUGUUUUUUUUGUCCUUUUUCUUGUGUUCUCACAAUGUUUCUUGGUUUCUAAUUUUAUAACUUUAAAUCUACCAGAACACUGCUGUACCCAAAGCUUUCAGAAUUUAAUAAUAUCCCUUGUUGUAACAAGAAUUAGAUAUUUCUUUUUUGAAAUGUUUCAGCAAUAUUAAAUGUAUUUAGUCAAACAAUAUCCUGUAUUUUAGGUUUUGACCAAUAUUUACUAUCUGAAGUGCAGAAAAAGUCUGGCUGUAUUUGUAUGAUCCUUCAACAGUCUUGAUCCAAAAUGUAAAUGUUUAGCAAUGGAUUUUACAAUUUGCCUAAAUUAUAUUAAAGGUAUUCUUCAUUAACUUUGUGUUUGGAGCCCCACAUGUUGAGCUGCUGCAGGCUGUGGCUCCUCUUCUGCUAUACUGUAGGUGGCAGCCUGGGUAUGCUGUAUCACAAGGCAAGAACUUGGGGAAAUCCAAUUUGCCACAGUACAGACAGUUAAUUUCUUUGCUAAUUUUAUAAAUGCUGCAAAGAAUGUUCAGCUGUGCUGAUGCAAUAACGUUAUGUGAAAGAGGAUUAGGCAGAGCUCUAGCUUAUGGCUAAGGAAAGGCUUACAAACUAUAGGUUGUAUUAAGCAUUUUAUCUCAGAACCAGGUUUAAUUAAACAUUACUCUUUGCUGAUAUCUGCAUCUGAAUGGCUCCAUACCUGAGCUAUUAAAAUGUUCAAAGGACAUGUUAAGUUACUCAUCUGUGAAAAUGUCUUUUUUGCUAUUUGUGAUGAAUGUUAAUUUUACAUCCUAAAGGUGUUUUUAAACUGUGUGUACACUCUCCUAUUUAAUAUAAAAUAAAACCUGUAAUUUAUUGAAUAAAAAUCGUUUACAGACUUCUA